CGCCGCGCCGGCCCUGCGGACGUGCGCUUGCUGUCUUCUCUGCGCCUCGGCCCUGAGAUGCGCCGCUGCCGGGUCGGUGCCAGCUCCAGGACCUUUCCACUUGGAACCCUUUCUUCCUCUCUGCCCUGGCCAACAGGCCUGUAAAGAGGUAGAAGCCUUUUGUUGAGGCUUCCUUUGCAGUAAGACGAUUGUGUGCGCUGCAUCUACCUGAUCCUCACCUAAUGUCAUUUAAUGGACCACUGGGGAGCCAGUAGUGCUUCUUUUAGCCUCUUUCCUGCACUGUCGCAACAUCUAUGGAGUUUGAGAAUGCUGUGGACCUCAUCAGAGUAUAUCACUGACAAAUAAGAUGGCUGAAAACAAUUUAAAAAUGCUGAAGAUUCAACAGUGUGUAGUAGCCAACAAACUACCUAGAAAUAGGCCAUAUAUUUGCAAUAUUUGCUUCAAGCACUUUGAAACACCAUCAAAAUUAUCUAGACAUUAUCUCAUUCAUACAGGUCAGAAGCCAUUUGAAUGUGAUGUGUGUCAUAAAACCUUUAGGCAACUAGUCCACCUAGAAAGACAUCAACUGACUCAUAAUCUGCCUUUUAAAUGUAGUAUUUGUCAACGCCACUUUAAAAAUCUGAAGACGUUUGUGAAGCACCAACACCUUCACAAUGAAACCUACCAGAAUGAUGUUAAACAGGUCAGAAGAUUGUUAGAGGCCAAGCAAGAAAAGCCAGUGUGUGGAAAGUAUCAUAAUUUUACCACAGAGGAGAAAUGGGCAUUACACCCCUGUAAGUCUGAUCCUACAUACAGCCCUACAAAGAAAAGAAAGAAUAUUCACGCAUGUACAAUCUGUGGCAAGAUGUUUCCAUCACAAUCAAAACUUGAUAGGCAUACACUCAUUCAUACUGGUCAGAGGCCUUUUAAAUGUGUCCUGUGUAGUAAAUCUUUCCGACAGUCAACUCACUUAAAAAUCCACCAACUCACACAUUCAGAAGAAAGACCUUUUCAAUGUUGUUUUUGUCAAAAAGGAUUUAAAAUUCAAAGCAAACUUCUGAAGCAUAAACAAAUCCAUACCAGGAAUAAGACUUUUCAGACUCUUUCAUUAAAGGCGAAGAGUCCAGAAUCAUGUCCCCUGCCUAAUAAAUUAAAUGCAAAGCAGGAUGGUUUUGAAAAUGGUAAUGUAGGUGAAUCUGAGGAGAAUAAUCAACUUGGUGUCCACUCUAUUUAUAUCGUUCCUUUUCAGUGUCCAGAGUGUGAAGAGUGUUUUGAAUCAGAGCAGAUUUUCAAUGGACACAAGUGUUUUCCUGCCAGAGGUGGCAAAAUUCCAAGCAGUUUCAAAAGAAGCUACAACUAUAAAACUGCUGUUAAAAAUAUCUUGGCCAAGCUUAAACGUGCUGGGGGUAAGAAAUUAGAUAAUUUUCGAUCUGAGAAAAAAGUACUUAAAAACAGUUUUUUGAAAAAUUGCGAUCUUACUUCUGGUGAGCAGAACCCUGAACAAACCCAGAGAACAUUCAUGAGUUCUCAUGGCAAACAUGGAACAUAUAAAACAGUUGGCAAUAAAAAGAAGAAAACAAUGACUUUGCCAUUUACUUGGCAAAAGCACUUUCAGAACCAAAAUAUGGGAAAAAACUUGAAAGGUAUCCUUGCAACAGAAAACAUGUUAACUAUGGAUAAUUCAGUGAGUAAUAAAGAUGUAUCUAUCUAUGGUUCAUCAGGUGAGGAAUUCUUUGAUAACUGUGAAAUGCUUCAGUGUGGUUUUUCAGUUCCAAGUAAAAACAUACAUACUGGACAUAAGAUGUGUCCUUGUGACAAAUGUGAGAAAGUAUUUCCGUCUAUAUCUAAACUACAAAGACACUAUUUAAUUCAUACUGGACAGAGGCCUUUUGGCUGUAAUGUUUGUGGGAAAUCUUUUAGACAGUCAGCUCACUUAAAAAGACAUAAAUUAACUCAUAUUGAAAAGAUUCCUUAUAGAAGAUCUCUUUGCCAAGUAGAAUUUGAAAAUUUGAACAAACUUUUCAUUCAACCAGGUGAUAAUAUUAACCAUAAUGCUUCCCAACAAUGUCAGACUCUUGGUUUUCAAAAAUAUGAGGUCUCAGAGUCAGAUCAAAUAUCAGAAGUAAAAGUUAAGGAAGAAUCAGAGGAUUGCAUUCUCGGUACCCACUGUAGGAACAAGCAACCUUAUCUCUUGAACACACUUCUGGAAUCAGAGCAGAGCCAUCGUAGUCAUUGUUGUAGUUAUUCGGGGCGUACUGAGAGGAAUGAUGGCCUUCUUUAUCAAUGCAGUGUUUGUUCUAAAAGUUUUAGAUCUCCAUCUAAACUGGAAAGACACUAUCUAAUUCAUGCAGGGCAGAAGCCAUUUGAAUGCUCAGUAUGUGGCAAAACAUUCAGACAGGCCCCUCACUGGAAGAGACAUCAACUCACUCACUUCAAGGAACAACCACAAGAAGAAAUGGUUGUCUUCAAUUCUGUUAUGUAACUGACAGAACUACUAACACAUUUGUGGUCUCCCUGGUGGUCUUGUUAUUAAAGCCUGUAUCAUUUAAAAUGUAUUUUUAUCAAAACGCCUGCAUUAUGUUGAAUGAUUUUUAUAGGCAGUUGCUUGUUCUGCAGAGUAAAGUGAGAUACACAGAAAAUGUUUUAGGAACAGCCAAAUUAAUUUUGAGAAGAACAUGAUUUGAUACCAUAAAGUAAGUAUGUAUUUUAAUAUAUACUUUGGCUAUGUUGGAAGUGUUAUAAAUCCAUGAUGCGGUACAAAUGGUUCAACUUCAUUUUUUAAAGCUUUAUUCCUUGAGACAUGCCAUCUUCUUUUAGAUAUACUCAAAAACUGAAAAGUAAAAAAUUAGAUUUUGGCUGCAGCAAAUAGCACCAUGAUAUUUUAUUUAUUUUACAUUUCAUAUGAAAGCACAAUUUUGUUCACCUAUGGCUCAAAUUCCAUUGUGAAAUUUUUUCUUGUAAGUUUAAAAAAUAAAGGCAAUAAUAGUGAAAAUGGAUGAGAAAUUCAUAACAUUAUUUUCAUUGAUCUUUUCCAAGCUAUUCUUAGGAUUCUGUGAUAGCUUCACUUUUCAACAGGUGAUUAGAAUCAGUUUUGGGUUUUUUUGCCCAGCCUGCAGUUGUCUUUCCCAAGAGAAUUUAAAAGUAAGAGAGAGGCUAGGAUGCAUCUUCAUACAUUUACCAUGUUUACUUAUCAGGAAUAUAGUCCAAGUGCCAUAAUCUUUUUGAUGAUGUAUGCAGUGUUAUCUUUUCAGAGGAAUAAAUGCAAUUUAUCUAUUUGCUUAUUAAUAAUGAACAUCAGUAGUUAUAGACUUAAGACUCACCUAUAGAUGUGCAUCUCCACAAGAUUUUUACAUUUUAGUAAAUCUUUUAAUGCCUCUUUGAGUGGUCCUGUGACAACUAAAUCUAUUCUGUUAAGUUUGAUCAAAACACAAUUACCAGGUCUAGUUCUAGUUUUUAUUCCUCUAUGUUUUUUGCAAGGUUCUAAUGCUAAAGAAUGUUAUUUCUGAUUCUUGUGAAUUGUUAUUUUAAUUAGUAAGGUAAUAAUUAUUCCUGUGUAGGAAUAAGAUGCUUAUAGAAUUGAGGGCGUCAUCUAAACAAUACUGUCAUGAUUUGGGAAAUAUUUAAUUUUAAACUAUAAAAGACAUAAUCACAAAUUGUCCAUAUUUGCCAUUUUUAAUAAAAUCUUUAACAUUUCCUAGAAAUAAAAGAAAAUAAUUAUUAUCUUUUUAAGGUGAAAAGAACAGGUGGAUAUUUAUCCCAUGUCGGUACUUGUCACCUGUGUAGUAACAAGCCCUCUAUUGAGAAUGGAAAUGAACAAUUCUAAGUUUUGCAACGUACUUUAAGAACUGUCUGUGUGUGGGAAGGGGAGGAGAGGUUGGUCUGCUGCUGCUUUUACAAGUGAAUUUUGAGAAAUUUGGGCUUAAUUUACGGAGAUGAAACAAAAGUACAGAUAAAAUGCCCAAUGAUGUACAGAUGUGCAGGAGAAUCAUAUUUCAAAGAAUAAGUUCUCUUAGGUUUCCUUGAGAUAUGUUUCUCCAGUGCAAGCAAGGUGAUGGUUUACAGAAUUUGCUUUAGACAAAACUUUAAGAACAUCUAUUACAUUCAAGCAAGUAACAACUAGUUCAUAUUUUCCAAGAAUAAUGGUUUAAGGGUUUUUUCCUUUAAUGUGUUUGAAAUUGUGUGUUUUGGGAUUUUCUUAAGCUACUAAUAUAAUUUUAUUUGAAGUUGAUGUCUCAUAUACUCUUUUCCCAACCCAAACAGGGAGAGUCCUUAAAAGUGUUGUGCUUAUAUGAUUAUUAGACUUUAUUUGCCUAAGUGAUACUACUAUACUUUUUUUGGUACAUGCCUUUUUAAGCUGUUUCAUAUUGAAAGUUGGAAUAUUGUAAAAAUUUUGUCAAAGAUGUACUGUAGUGCUAUUUGAAGUACCUGUAACAAAAUACUUAUUUACCUUUACUAUCUCUGCAAGCUUCUUGUGGAAACUUUAUAGGAAUGAAAAUAAACUAUACAUCCAUGAUAAGAUUACAUAUUAGUUGUUAAAUGAUGAUUUGCUGCAUGCCAGAACUGUCAGUGUUGUUGAAUCAAUUACUUUGGUUUUCUGAAAAAAUAAAGUUUAUAAAUGUCUUUAAAGAGAAUUAGAA